GUCAUCCUGUUCCAGGACGGAGCGGUGAUCGGAAGCCCCUGGGGCACGGGAUCCCGGGCGAGGUUCAUCGACCACCCCACGCGGAGCGGCAGUGUCUAUAUCGAGGGGACGCAGCGCGAAGAUGCGGGGCUGUACCAGUGUGUCACCACCAACCCCGCCAGGGAUCACCAGUCCCGCAUCCAGACCGUCAGGCUGCAUGUGCUGGAGGCUCCCUCACCCCCUCACUGUGCGAUGAGUGGGGAGGAGGCGCUCGGUGGCAGUGUGAUCCUCACCUGUGACUCGUCCAGCGGUAACCCAGCCCCGACGUACAGCUGGUGGAAGGUGGACUCCUACCGGAACCUGAUGCUCAACUCCUCACACACUUCUCAAGGAACGUUGGUUGUACAGAAUCUCUCGGUGGACAGUUCCGGUGUUUACCUCUGCAUCGCUUCUAACGUUCUGGGCUCAGACAGAUGUUCCGUGGAGCUGAUACUGCAGAUCUUCGAGGAGAGCGCGCACGGAAUGGCGACUGGGAUAGGCAUCACUCUGACCAUGGGGGUGAUCAUCCUCGUCCUGUUUGGGACCGUCCUGUGGCUCCACUCGCGGAACGCAGCCGCACAGCCCGGACAGCGGGCGGCAGCAGGCCGAAACUCCCCCCCUCCAGCCGGACUGUGAAGGCUCCAUUCACCGAUCAGCCCGGACCCCGAGAGCCUCCGUCCCCUCCCGCCUUUCCCCGAGCAGGGACCGGGGAUUCUCUCCGACAGAACCGCCCGGGA